GACACGUUUUUUUUUUUCUUCUGUUUUUUUUGGUUUAAACGGAGACGCUUUGGUGAUUACAGCAAAGGCGAACCAUAAAGGGGAAAAAAAGGCGUUAUUGUUGAUGUUGUCGACGACCACCGUCGACCACUGCUGAAAGAAGACUGACAGCUGGUUACAUCCAGUACAAGGCUCAGCUGUGGAUGCAUUUGACACAGACUAACCGGAGAAGGUCUCUGUCAGCAGCAUGGGCCAGCAUCUAGGAAAAAGAGAGACACCCACAGACAGCAAGGCUCCAUCACCUGAACCCAAAGCAGCAGCAGAAGCAGCAGCAGCAGCAGAACCUGAAUCACAAGAUGAAGUCUUUGGCCUGGGUGAGGCAGAUGCGAACCAGAACAAUGGCUGCAUCUUGGAGAAGCCAGCGGUGACUGACUCCACGGGCACUGAGGGCCCCCACCAGUCCUGGCCCGACGCCAGCACAGCUGACCCUGACGCUGCCACACCACGCCCCCACCUGGUCCGCCUCUUCUCCCGAGAUGCCCCGGGCCGAGAGGACAACACCUUCAAAGACCGACCCUCCGAAUCGGACGAGCUGCAGACCAUCCAGGAGCACAGCGGAGCGGCUUCAGAGUGCGGGUCGGAGAACCCCGAGCAGGACCUAGAAUAGCUAGCUAGCUUUUUUUUUUGUUUCCCGCCCUCCCUCUCUUUUCUCUUUUCCCUCCUCUGUCUUUCGGUCUCUCAUUUAAGAGAGCGACAAGAACCCCACAUUU